AUGGAGGAGGAGAGGAGUGUUAAGAGCGAGUUUGUGAGGAAGGAGUGUGAGGGUCUGAAGGGGGAGGCGGGAGGGAGGAGAAAGAGCUUGCAGAGGAUUAUGCAUAUAUUACUUGGUGUUUGGGAUGAGAGUGCUGGGACGGCGAAGCCUCUUGCGCAUUCGUCAAGGGAUGUGGGGGUGGGGGAGGAAGAGCCUCAAAUCAGGAGCCAGGCCACGAAGAGCCAGGUCGAUGCUAUGAAGGACGGCGUUGCCCUAGUCACGGAGUGUGGUGGGGUUGCUGCUGCGUUUCAGGCGAUGGCAGCCAUUCUAGAUGGAGUCCGGAAUGAGGAAUACCGUGAACUCCGAGAGUCUCAGAUGCUGCAAGGAAUUGGCCAGUUGCCCGAUGAAAUCGACAACUCUAUGACAGUCAUGUACAUCCUGAUCCACGUCACGGUAACCUGGCCCGAAGAGUUUUCAGCCACAAAAGAAGCACUCGCUGCCUUGAAGCCAAACCUUUUGGAAUAUCUCCUCACUACUGUUGCAAAACUCCGCUGGGAUGACAUCCCUGAGCUGCCACAAAAUAAAGUCUUUAAUCUCUUCUGGAAAUCUUUGUUGCUUAUUUUUGGGAACAUGAGCGAGCUCGACACCGUAAAGGCUGCCGUUGCAGAGAACCUUCAGGCGGAAGGAAAGAAGAGCGAAUUGAUCACCGCGUCCCCGUUGGACUACCACAUUUUUCGACAAGAAAUCACCUCAAAAUACCCAGCAUAUAUACCACCAGCGCCGCUUCUUCCCCUCGAGCUUGAUAAUAACUCGAUACUACCUCCGCUUCCAAACCACCCUCCUCGGAACACUGGCCAAAACGGCAUUAUACCGACCCCUGCAACUGCCAACAGUGGCGGUUCUAUUCUUCAUCAACCCGUGCACAUUGCCACGCCAGCACCUUCACCCCCGCCGUCACCACCAGUAGGCGGGAAGGCUGGCAAGAAACAAAACUACCAAACGAACCAGAACUUCCCGUUCAUGUAUCCACCUCUGGAUAGUACGAGCAACAAUGCCGGUGGCAAAGGCACAGCAGGCCGUCAAGGCGAGCUAGUUGGCCGAAAAUGGGAGGGAAGUGAGAUUCCUGCUUCUAUUCUGGAGGCUGGAGAGCUAUUUGCCAAGAGAAUGAAGAUGACGAGAGCUAUGAGGCAACUUUGGGAUGAGCGGGAAGCUUUUCUAAAGCAUGAAAGGGGAUGGGAUGGACAGGGUAGCGAAGAUGACCCAGACUUUGACGUCGAUGAAUUGGAAUUAGAUGAAGCACUGUCGAGGAGACUGGAAGCUUUGGGGAGAGAAGAAGAAGAGGAGGAAAAGAAGGUCGAACUAGACGUUGGGUCGAGGCCUGUGAGCGAAGAUGUCAAAAAGCGCCUUGAAGUGGUUGAAGAUUUCUACGGGGCUGCACUCCUACAAAUGCAAUCACUGGUGAUUGUAUUGCUCAAGGCUGUUCUGGCCAAUGUCACCGCAUUGAUCACCCAGCCAAUUACGGGGCAGCCUCAGCAACAAAAUGGACUCCAGCCAGGCUUCCAGUCGGAAUCCAAUUUAAGGAAUAGCACUGCAGGUCAACGACGACCAGCCCACGCUCAAGAGGCUCAGAAUCCGUCCCAGCCAGCGGUAUUUGACGUUCGCGAUCUACCAAUUGAAGAUUUAGAGGCACUGAGGCAACGAGAAAUCACACUGAAAGCUGUUUCUGGAAUUCUUCUGGUUCUCCUGAAAUGGUUCAAAGUGUCUUACAUCCUUAAAUUCGAGUAUCUCACCCAGCUCCUCCUGGAUUCCAACUACCUCCCCUUAAUCUUGAAGCUAUUUGCCCAUCAAGACGUCGACAAACUUGUCGAUACUGACUCCGACCGCGCUGCCCUCUCCUUCUUCACAUACUGCAACAAGUCCAGCAAACACCCCGGCACCCCUUCCCCAGCCGAAAACUCCGAAUCUGAGGACGACGCCGCCCCGCCCCCAAUCAAACGCAACCGUCUCUCCCCGUCCUCAGCAACCGACAAGCUUCCAGCGGUCACCUACCGCAGCCCCUCCGCAAUCCAUUCCCCCCUCCAAGUCGACGAGCUUGGCGCUCCCAUCCCCAUCGUCCCCGCUGCGCCUAGCACGAACUACUCCUGGCGCAACUUCUACAGCGCCAUUACGCUGCUCCGCGUGAUGCAGAAGAUCUGCAAGGGCAAAGCUCAUCGCAACCUGCUCCUCGUGCAGUACAAGAGCAGCAACAUCAUCAAGAAGGCGCUGAAAGUGCCACAGCAGGAGUUGCGCCUGUACACGCUCAAGCUGUUUAAGAGCCAGGUGCCGUACUGUGGACGCAAGUGGCGGCAGGGGAAUAUGCGCGUCAUUACGGCGGUAUACUUGCAUUGUCGCCCGGAUCUGAGAGAUGAGUGGCUCAGUGGGAGUGAUGUGGAUGGGGAUAUGGAGGAGGCGCUGCCUUUGGAGCAGGCGCUGAGGAGUCUGACGUACUGGGGGAAUGUGAGGAGGUAUAAGAAGGUUAUGGCUGGGGAGGUUUCGACGGAUGGUGGGGAAGGUGACUUUUUUAGGAGGGAGUUGGAGAAGAUGGAGAUUAUGGCGGGGUCGGAUGGGGAAGAGGCAGAGGCUGAGACGGGGUGGGAGGGUGCUGGCCAAGGUUGGCAGUAG